UGUACGAGGGGGAGGAUUUAGCACUCAUGGAAGGAGGGCGGUGUAAACUCAACAUUCGAGUGCCAGGAUAAAAUAACGCAGAGAAGCCGGUAACAAUUGUGUUCGUAAAAGUCAUGUCUAUCUUCGUCUUAGGAUAUUUUUGUAAGAGUACAAAAAAGUGACAUUUGUUCAAAGUAACAUUUAUAUCCCGGAUUUGUUAUUAUUUGUAUUUGUUACAAAGAAUUGUGUACACAUUACUAUCACGUACCUCUGAUAUUAUCCACGAAUCUCUACAGUUUGUGAACACAAGUUUAAAGGACGCUAUGGCCUAAACAAAGUGCAACAUGCUUAUAAAGCUUGAUUGUAGCUUGCAAGACAGACUUUGAGUAAAGAAAAACAAGUCUCAUCUUCAUUUCAACGCCAGCGCCUUAUGUCGAGGCAACUUCUAAUUUGAAAAGACAUCCAAUUCUUCCAUUACUAGACCCCAAAAAUGGCCAAUCCUAUCAGCUCACUGAGCAUUUUCUUAUUGCUCGCCUCCCUUUGCACUGUCUUUACACAAGCUAAGAAACCAACACACAAAGCUUCUAGCUCAGCGAAAUCUUUAGAGAUCAAAUUUGGCUUUCUACCUAACCCAAGCCUCAAUCGAUCGAACCUCAUUGUGAUAUCAGAAGAAAUGCCCAUGAAUUCGCUUCUUGGGAUUGUGACUGUGGAAGAGGGUAGCAAGGGAAACAUCCACUGCGAAGAUGAUAGCGAUUACAUCAAGCUCGACAGAUUGGGACCCAAGGGAUUUAAAGUCGAUCUCGCUCGACACCUGGACAGGGAGCUGGUCGAGGAGUUCGUCGUGACUGUGACAUGUCGAGACGUCGACUCGGUGCCGCCAGUUAGUGGCACGCAAAGCUUCAGCGUCCUUGUCCUUGACGAGAACGACAACGCGCCGGUCUUCUCAGAGACCAUCUACAUCGCCAACAUUACCGAGAACAUAGCUAUCGGAGAGCUCGUCUUGACCGUCAAGGCCACCGACGCGGACUCGGACUUGAGCGGCAGUUUUAACUUUUCCCUCUUCGGCUUGGAGAACUAUGGCAACAAGCCAUUCGUCAUCGACCCGGAAACAGGCAGGAUCACGACGCAGCUGGGCGUCGACAGGGAGGCCAACGCUAAUUUCACGUUCACCGUGAUGGCCACAGACAAAGGUAAGCCGGCGAACACGGGCACGGCUGUGGUGGUCGUGUUUAUUGAGGAUGUGAAUGACAACGCUCCGGUGGUAUUGAACCGAGAGCUCAGAACACGUGAGAACCAAGCCGCCAACACCCUUGUGGGUAAAAUAAUCGCAGCAGACAUAGAUGAGGGUAAAAACGCAGAGCUUGUGUUCUCCAAAAUCGAAGAUGACGAUUUUUCAUCUACUGCUCCUUUUGAAGUCAACCCGAACGGGAAUGUCCUGUCCGUGGUUCCGUUAGACAGAGAACAAAGAGCUGAGUACUCGAUGAAGGUCAUGGUCAAGGACAGGGGAACGCCACGCUUAUCCAGCACUGCCACCAUCGUCAUCAUCGUCGACGAUGACAAUGACAAUGCUCCGGAAAUCACCAGCGAUUGCAUGGGGGGCGUUGAUUCAUUUCUCCAGAACGAAGGCUACUUGCAGGACAACGACACGUCAGCCUCUGACCAGGGUCUCAUCUCGGUCGACUGGUACACACCAGACAACACCUCGAUUUAUCAGGUCACAGCUACCGACAGAGACAGCGGCGAUAAUUCUCGACUCGUUUUUGACAUUGAAGCAUCUGCCAAAGAAGAGCCUUCCGCGGAAGGUCUGUUCGCCAUCGACAGGUCACUGGGUGUUAUCACCUUGAGGCGCAAACUCUUGCCUAACGACGGUCUUGUGCACCUUGUCAAUGUCAGCGUGUCAGACAGCGGGAACCCGAGCCGUUCCUCCUACUGUCUCUUAAACGUCACAUUCGACAUUGAACUUUCCCUUCUCGAGACAGCGGCCUCACAAUCAACGGAAAUGAUGCAAUUAGAAAAUGGUCAAACAUCGCACGUUUUUAGAACACUUCCCCUCAGACAUCACGAGUUGGCAAUCGUUUUGCUGGCUGCGUUGUCUUUAUUAGCAACAUAUCUCUUGAAAUAGCUGCCACCUUAGCACUUUUAUCCCAUUAAGAAGAUGUCUUCUGUUACAAUAUGCUUUUUAUUUAUUAUUUAUGUUUUUUUAAAAUCUUCAAUUAAUUAUCUUAUCUUAAUUUAUCUUAUUAAUUCUAUCAUGAAAGCAAGAAAAAAAAAACAAAUGAUAUGAUGUAGAGAUUUAAAUGCAUUUUCAAAAUAUUUUAAAACAAGAAAAAUAUUAAAAACUAGUCGACCCACGGCGUAGCAUACGACGCUAUUUUGCAGGGCCGGCAUUAGGCCACUGCAACCUAUGUGACCGCACUGGGCCCCGCACUUUCAUAGAACCCACUCUAAAUCUAGGUGUAAAUUAUUAAAUUAAACCAUUUUAUAACUUAUAACAGAUUUCCCGCGGCCUCCUGAUUUACCAAAAGCUCUUGGAAAUCUCCUGAAAUUGCAAAAUAUACGAAAAAGUCCUAGAAAUCUCCGGAAAUAAUUUAAAUCUUUUGAAAACACAUAAAAAUCUCCUGAAAUAUAUUGACAAAAAUUGUCAUUUUGGGGUGUUAUUCAAUAUAGAAAACGCCAAUUCUAUGUGCGAUAAAAAAAAACGGCAUUACGCAAUACCCGUAAUUGUGGAUUCUGUUAAAGAAGCUUCUCGCGCCUCAAACUAAUGAAGAAUUACUUGGAGUCAACAAUUCUAGUAGAUAGAUUGAAACAUUUGGUAAUUCUUUCUAUUGAGCGUGAUCUAGGUAGGAAAUAGAAUUUGUAUGAUAUACUGUAUGACUUCGCUACACGCGAGCCUCGUAAAGUAAAUCUGUAUGUAGUAAAGAAUGAAUAAAAUGCAAAGACGAAUUUAUUUUCUAAUACAACUUCUUAAUUUUAACUUAUUAUUAUCUGUAUCCCUACCCAAACUUGGCCCCGCCAAAUCCGUUUCGCAUAGGGCUCAACAAUGAUUAAGUCCGGCCCUGCUAUUUAGUGACGGGUGAAAACAGUAGAUUACUUGUUCUCCCCCGCCUCUCAUUUUUUACGUGGGGUAACUCUAGUCCGACUUGUAGAAAUAAAAAAGUGAUCUUUCCAUGACUUCUUGGUCAUAUAUAUAUAUACUUUUUGAAAAAGACAAUAUCUCCUUUAUACAUUUUUACUUAUCCCCCCACCCCUUUCCGCCCGAGGAAAAAUCUGGUUAAACAAAUGUAUAGAUCUAAUAGACUUUAUAAUAUUGCACUGAUAGGCCUUUAGAUCUAGACUUAGAAGACUAUGCGCAAAAUUUUACCGAACAUUAAUUUAUUAAACUCUUGAAUCUAUGAUGCCUUACAUUUGGAAAUUCCCGAACUGAAGGUCCUAUAAAUAAUGCGAUUGUCCUUUCAAAACCAAUUAUUAAGGAUCGAGAUCGUAAGCCAACUUUAAAUUUAUUUAUUUUUUUUACUUUGAAGAAUUAUCACAGGUACAUGGGAGUUUUUUCCAGUGUGGCCAACAAGCUAGUAAUUCUUUUCUCAGCGAUAUAAUCAACUAUUAAAUUUAUUGGAAAAUUGUUGUAGCCUUUUUUCAGAUGCGUUCUAAGUUCCUCAACCCUCCAUGAAGAUAUGACUUAAAUAGAGGUAUUGUAAAAAUGACUAAAAUGUAUUUCCAAUGGCCUUCCAUUGACGCUGUCAUUAAAUAUCAUACGAAAUGUUAUCAUAGUAAAAUGCCCACUAACAUAGCUUUUAAUAACUCAUAAGAACCUAUUUUCCUAUUCUUUCUCUCUCUUUCUCUCUCCAUCUCUCUCCAUCUCUCUCUCUCUCUCUCUCUCUCUCUCUCUCUCUCUCUCCCACACAUACAGACACAUUAUCAAUUUUAAGGGAUGUUUCACGCAUAUUUGGAAUGUUUUCAUAUUUAUUUGUUCCUAUUCCUAAAUGUUUUAUUUUCAAUCUCAUUUCGAAAGUUUCAUUCACAUUCACCCAGCACUGACAAUGACAAAUUUUGUUUCUCUUCAAUUGCCGGUUAAGCUUUAAAAAUAUGUCUAUUAAACUAUGUCUGUGUAUUAGUUUCAUGACAGAUUUUUGUUAUUGCAUAUUUUUUACAUUUCACUUUUAUAAAUUUUAUAAGCAUCUUUUUUUUUAAUCCAUUUCACAUAAUUUUUGGGGUUAAAUAUAAAUGUGUGCCUUGACUAUUUGUUUUCAUCGUGGUCAACAUUAGAGAUUUAUUUCUUUUGUGUUGCGGUCAACAUUAGAGAUUUAUUCGUUUGUGUUGUGGUCAACAUUAGAGAUUUAUUGACUAUCAUCGCUGUCAACAUUAGAGAUUUAUUUGUUUUCAUCGUGGUCAACAUUAGAGAUUUAUUUGUUUGUGCUGUGGAUAAGAUUAGAAAUUUAUUUUCAUCAUGGUCAACAUUUUAGGUUUAUUUGUUAUCUCUGUGGUCAACAUUAAAGAUCUUAUUGUUAUCAUUGUGGUCAACAUUAUAGAUUUAAUUGCUUCCAUUUCAAGGACGUCAUUUGAGAUUUCAUUGAAUGCAACAGCUGUUAUCUUUGCGUAAUGUUUUGUUUUAAAGAAAUACUCAAUAAACAUCAAAGACAAAAAA